CAGCCUGCACUUUGACCAAGACAUCUCUAUAAAUAACCUUCGAAGAGAACAAGUGGGGAAACGGGGAGAGACAAGCCAUAUUCUACAAGCUGUACCGGCCAUGGAGAGUAAAAAUGCACUGGUGGAUUCAGUGGUAGAUGUUAUCUUCUGCUCAAACCGCAGCGAAUGCCCUGAGCCAGUAAAAGCAGAAGUGCAAGGACAUAUACCAAAAUGGCUGCAGGGAACAUUACUACGCAAUGGCCCUGGAAAACACACUGUAGGGGACAUGUCCUAUAAUCACUGGUUUGAUGGCCUGGCCUUGCUACACAGUUUCACUUUCAAAGAUGGUGAAGUUUACUACAGAAGUAAAUUCCUACGCAGCGAUACCUAUAACUCUAAUAUGGAGGCCAAUAGGAUAGUGGUUUCAGAAUUUGGCACCAUGGCUUACCCAGAUCCCUGCAAAAAUAUAUUCUCAAAAGCUUUCACUUACCUGUCACACGUGGUGCCUGAGUUCACAGAUAAUUGCCUUAUCAACAUUAUAAACUAUGGGAAUGAUUAUUAUGCCUCAUCUGAAACCAAUUUUAUCAGGAAGAUUGAUCCUUCGACCUUGGAAACACUAGAAAAGGUAGAUUAUCUGAAAUAUGUAACAGUGAAUUUAGCGACCUCUCACCCCCACUAUGACAGCGCUGGGAACACAUUAAACAUGGGAACAUCAAUCGGUGACAAAGGGAAGACAAAAUAUACUGUGUUUAAGAUUCCUCCUGCUUCUGCAGAUAACGAAAAGAAGUCCCCCUUGAAAAAUGCUGAAGUUCUCUGCUCCAUCCAAGCCCAUCAUCUUCUAAGCCCCAGCUACUACCACAGCUUUGGAAUGACUGAAAACUAUAUCAUCUUUAUAGAGCAACCAUUAAAAUUAGACAUCUUGAAAAUGGCAACUGCCUUUUUCCGGGGAGUCAACUGGGCUUCAUGCAUUGACUUCAACAAUGACGAAAAGACUUGGAUCCACAUUAUUGAUAAAAGGACCAAAAAGCCAGUUCCAGUGAAGUUUUAUACAGAUGCCUUGGUGACUUACCAUCACAUUAAUGCAUAUGAAGAAGAGGGACAUAUAGUUUUUGAUAUUAUCGCAUAUAAAGACAAUAGCUUGUACGAGAUGUUUUAUGCAGCAAAUUUAAAGAAGGAUCUAUCUGAAGAAGCUGUGUUGACUUCCAUUCCUACCUGCAAGCGUUUUGUCAUCCCAUUACAAGAAGAGAAGUUUUCUAAGAAUGCAGAUGUGGGAGUCAACCUAGUGAAACUUCCAACGACCACGGCAAGAGCUACAAAAGACAAGAAUGGAGAGAUAGCGUGCCACCCAGAAGACUUAUGUGAAGGAAUCGAGUUGCCACGUAUCAACUAUGACUACAAUGGCAAAAAAUACAGAUAUGUGUAUGCAUCGCAUGUGGAAUGGCGACCGAUUCCUACCAAGAUUGUGAAGUUCGACAUUGUGACAAAAGAAAUGAUUAUUUGGUCUGAAGACAUGUGCUGGCCUGCUGAACCACUGUUUGUACCACACCCUGAUGCUAAAGACGAAGAUGAUGGUGUGAUAUUGUCCUCCAUUGUAUCUUCUAACCCAAAGAAGUCCCCGUACCUGCUGGUGUUAGAUGCAAAAACAUUCAAGGAGUUGGGGCGUGCAUAUGUCAAAGCAAACCUUCAUCUUGACCUCCACGGAAUCUUUAUCCCAGAGAAGAAUUACCUCUAGCCACCAAAAGUCUGAAGUCACAAAACAUGGAGUAUCUUGCAUGAUGAUAUUGAUCGGAUAUUUCCCUAGUAUUUUUUAAAAAUGAAGAAUAUUCUGCUCAGUACAGUCCUCGGAAAUGGAAAAGUGUUUUUUAAAUGUGUUCUUUUUGCAUAGCACACAUUGAUAUGGAAUCAAAUCUUAAGGAUCUCCAAAGAGUCCAAUGAAAAAACUCAAACUUAGGCUCAUCUUGGGAAGACAAGCAUAUUCUAUUUCAGAAAAUAAAUCAUAUUAUAAAGGGAAGCAUCACGUGCUUUCAAACUGGACUUUGCAACUGACAGAAGGGCAACUAAGUUCUAUCAACGUAGAUAUUCUGCUUGAUAAUAACAUAGACAAAGAAUAUCUGUAGUCAUGGUAAAUACUGCAUAUCAGUAGGUGAAUUAUCUAUUUUCUGCAUAUGCAAUGCACAGAGAAUUUCAAGGCCUCAUUAUGUCAUGCAACAGAUAGAAU